GUGAAAAAAAAGAGCGAUCACCGCCCUCGCUUUACAAGGGGUGCACCAUUUCACUCCUCUUCGCCACACUGUGAGUGUAACAGGCAACGGGAGAAAAAGCAAUAGUCUGUGAAUGCUGCUGGAAGUUGAUGGCUAUGUGUGAUGCCCAGACCUCAACAUCGUUUUUCCUUCCAAGUUUUUAAGAUCUGCAUACGCCAAUGGUUUUACCACACGUAGAAUGGGAUUAACUUGGUCCGGCAAAUAUAUCUCACUGUUUCUUGCUGUUCAGUUAGCUUAUUUGCUACAGGCGGUGAGAGCGACAGGGAAAUGUGAUACAGUAUUCAAAGGGUUCUCCAACUGCUUGCUGAAACUCGGGGAGAAUAUGGACAACUAUCCACAGGAGCUGGACGAGAAGGAAAAUCUGCAGACCAUCUGCAUAUAUUGGGAUGACUUCCACUCAUGUGCGACCACUGCGCUGGCGGAUUGCCAAGAGGGAGCAACAGACCUAUGGGAGAAGCUCAAAAAGGAGUCCAGAAACUUGGAGUUCCGAGGGAGCUUGUUUGAACUCUGUGGUGGGGGGAACGGGGCCUCCAAAUCCACAGUUCCUUUUGGUCUCACGAUGCUUCUAACGGCACUUUCAGCCUUAGUGACUUGGCUUGCAUUUUAGCAGAAGAAAAAAAAAAAAAAGCGGGGAAAAAAUUACAAAGAAGAAAAAAAAGAAAACGAGUGCUAGCUAUCCACACACAAAAAAAUACAAAACAAAAGACGUUUGAAUUCAUCUACACCCAAAUGGAUUUAUAGGCUACUUCAUCCGGAGAAGGCGACCUGAUUUUGCAAGAGACAUUGGCAGGCCGUCUUCUGGGA